AUGUCAUUAAGGCGGUCAGCUCGAUUGGGUUCUAUCGCAACUCUCAAACCUCCAGUCCAGAGCUCCCCGCUCAAAGUGUCAAGGGUACAGAACAGCUCGGUCACUAAGCCUCGCAAACCUCCCACAACAAAGAAAGCGGUGCAAAAAGCACCAGUCAAAGCACCUACAAAUUCAGGAAGCUCUUACUGGUCCCCAGAACCGCCGGCUGCAAACGACACGACUCAAAAAUCAGACGAUAACCAUGCUACUGAUCCCCGAAGCAACAGACCUGUCACCCCGCCUCCCCUCGACCGUCCAGUCGACCCGCAUCGAACAAACGUAACGCUCCUCACACCUCACGGUUCCUCGGUGGUCGCCUAUCCAGCCCAUCUACAAGAUGCUUCACCCUCCAAGACCGGCCUACCCCGUCCCACCGCUACAACAGGAACAUUACUCGAACAAGGUCUCGCGCAUCUGAUCGCCACAGAUCCCCGUCUCAAAUCCGUAAUCGAGCAGCACCCGUGUCCAUUAUUCUCUCCCGAAGGCCUAGCCGAGAAAGUCGAUCCCUUCAACAGCUUGACAAGCAGUAUCAUCGGACAACAGGUUUCCGGCGCCGCGGCCAAGUCCAUCCGGAACAAGUUUUUGACUCUUUUUAAUUUGGAAAAUACUGGGGUAGACGGGGAACGUUCGAAGUUCCCUUUACCUGAGGAAGUCGCGCGAUGUGAUAUUGCGACGCUGCGGACGGCUGGAUUGUCGCAGCGUAAAGCGGAAUAUAUACAGGGAUUAGCGGAGAAGUUUGCUGCUGGCGAGCUUAGUGCGCAGAUGCUUGCUCGUGCUACUGAUGAGGAGCUUGUUGAGAAGCUUAUAGCUGUGCGGGGAUUGGGUAAGUGGUCUGUUGAGAUGUUUGCUUGCUUUGCUCUGAAGCGCAUUGAUGUUUUUUCAACUGGAGAUUUGGGUGUACAGAGCUUGUUUAUGUGGUACAUGUGGCGCAUCGAGAAUGUUGAUAUAGCGGUUCUUACAGGGUGA